AUGGGGUCAGCGGCUCUUAUCCUGGAAUUUUUGGGGGUCGGCAUACGGGCCAGCCUGGAGUGGGAAAUAGAUCCCGCAGCUUUGCAGGUGUCUUCGAAGUCAUCCACACCCAGCCGCAGGCCCAGAGGCGACUUCCUGCAGGAAGACGCACAGGCGCUGGUGCGGGAGCUGCAUGCUUUGCAGGGUGACCGCAAGUGCAUUGUGCUGGCCACGGCGGGACCGCCUUGCCCGGACUACUCACCGAUCAAGGGUGAUGACGCUCCGGGCCGGGGAGGCAGCUCAGGCAAGCUCUUCGUUAAGUCGAGCAGGCAUGGCCAACCCUUCGCCAUUUUGGUUGAGAACGUGGUCAUGCAGUCGGCCUCCGAUGCAGCUUGGUUUUCCCAACGUCUCAAGGCCACGCCCGUCCUGGCAGACGCAGCUGACUUCCGCUUGGCCGAUCAGAUAGCCAUGAAGGGCUUGAAGUUUCACAAGGACAUGCGUGGUCACAUCGCACCGGAAGUUCGGCAACGCUGGCUGGAGCACCAGAGGCAGUACGCGCCGUGGGUGUACCAGGAUCACGCCUUAGUGUAUGAGGAGUCCGGAGCUUGGCAAGUUGUCCCAGCGGAGGUCAAGGAAGCUCUGCGCCAUUAUCCUCCAGGCAUCACCGUUGCACCCAAGGCCAAGGAUUUCAUGGAAGCGGCAUGCCGCCGUCAGAUUCCUGUGGCCCGUCAUUUGCAGGAUCAGGGCUCUGUCCACAUCAGACCGUGCGACAACAUGUGGGAGCACUGGCAAAUCACCCAGGACCUGCAACAUCCUUUGAUCAGCCCUCCAAAGCUUUCAGAUGCGUUGGAGGCCACACUUGAGGGCAUGCGCAGCAUAGGCCCGAACAUUUCAGAAUUUCGCGUCAGGGCUGUUGCAGCAGUGCGCUCCCUUAAAGAGAGCAUGAGCGAAGCCACAGCUGAGUGGUACAAAUCCUUGCCUUGCCAUGUUGCAGCAGCUUACACAUUCGAUGAGAGUAAGCAGAUCGUGCAGAUUCCCUCGUUCAUGCGCUUGCUCCGAGGUUGUGGCUAUCCCGACGCAGAUAGCUUGGAGGAGGAUUUGCACAGAGGUUUCCCUCUCAUUGGUCAGCUCAAGCACUCGCCAGGUUGGCAUCCUAGGACAGACGACCUGUACCGUCACCCCAUUUCUGAGGACUCGUUUGCCUUGCUGAAUCAGGCUCACGUCCAGCAGAGAGCUCAGCGAUGCAGGCCGGAUGAACACUGGCAGGCCAUGCUCAGUGAAGUACUGUACUGGAGGAGUGCAUUCAAGGAGGGAAGUGAUGGCAAGCAGAAAAUCCGCAGAUGUGAGGACUACCGUCGGAGUUAUCACAACGACACCAUAGGAGCGACCGACAAACCUCCUCAUGAUUGUGUGGAUGCAUAUGUCAACCUCAUCCGCACGUUCUCGCUGAGGUCCGACAGAGUCCUCAUUUGGGGGCAGGACAUGUGGGCGGCGUACCGCCAAUACCCAACAGAACAUCCUGGGCACGCGUACCUACUGCUGGUACUUCCCUGGGGGGUAUCAGUUUGGCGGCACAGAGUAUUAACUUUCGGGGCCACGGCCUCAGUGUGGCACUUCAACCGCACUGAAGAUGCCAUAAUCUGGCUGGCACGAUGCUUGCUAUUGAUACCAGCUUUGCAUUUUGUGGAUGACGUGGGGGGCGCCGAACCUGACUCCUCGGCCAAUUCCGCAUGUGUUUGCUUUCGGGAGUUCUGUGAUGUUUUAGGCAUUAGGGUGAAACCUUCCAAAGAACAGCUCCCAGCCGCUCUGCAGAAGAUUCUGGGUGUUUGGCUGGCCAGCGACGGGGAGACACUUCAGGUCAGGCCGGAUGAGGGGCGGCGAAACCGGAUGAUCCAGCUCAUCCGCGACAUCCUGCAGGCGGACAGUUUGACUCCAGAGUUGGCGGCGCGACUGGCUGGCAAGCUCGGCUUUCUUCAAACCUCGCUGUUCGGCAGCAUGGGCAAGGCGUGCUUGGUGCCCGUAAACGCCCGUGCGUCUGGUGGGGCGCAGCAGGCCAAUACACUGAACCAGGCCAUUCGAGCGGCCUUGACGACGCUGCUGCGAAUCCUGCACGAACCGCUGGUUCUUGAAAUCCCUCUGCGAGCCGGUGAGCGCAGUUCCUCAAUCGUGUACGCAGACGCGUUUUUCUUGCUGGGGGACCAGAUGCAGAGACCUGGUGGCAAGCCUCAAGGUCGUUGGCCGAACAAAGGUGCACAACAACUCCAGAACGGCUGGGGCUUUGUGGUCAGAAGCAGUCUCGGAGUGACGUUCGCCCAUGGUCAGGUUCCAGCUGAGGUAGUGUCUCUCUACAGCUCGCGGAAAGCUUUUAUUUACUUUCUUGAAAUUCACGCACAAGUGCUUGCUGGACCAACCAAGACUCCUUGGGUCCUUUUUGGGUCAGCUUCAUUGAUAACCAGGCUGGGCGUAGCGCUCUUCUAA